AAGAAGUCAUGCUACCCACGCUGGAAUGAGACGUUUGAAUUUGAGCUGCAGGAGGGGGCCAUGGAGGCGCUGUGCUUGGAGGCCUGGGACUGGGACCUUGUCAGCCGAAACGACUUCCUGGGCAAAAUGGUGAUCGAUGUCCAGAGACUGCGGCUGGCGCAGCAGGAGGAGGGCUGGUUCCGGCUGCAGCCCGACCAGUCCAAGAGCCGGCGGCAUGACGAGGGCAACCUGGGCUCCUUGCAGCUGGAGGUUCGGCUGCGGGACGAGACGGUGCUGCCCUCCAGCUACUACCAGCCACUGGUGCACCUGCUGUGCCACGAGGUCAAGCUGGGCAUGCAGGGCCCAGGGCAGCUGAUCCCACUCAUCGAGGAGACAAGCAGCACCGAGUGUCGCCAGGACGUGGCCACGAACCUGCUCAAGCUCUUCCUGGGGCAGGGGCUGGCCAAGGACUUCCUGGACCUGCUCUUCCAGCUGGAGCUGAGUCGCACCAGUGAGACCAACACCCUGUUCCGGAGCAACUCUCUGGCCUCAAAGUCCAUGGAGUCUUUUCUGAAGGUGGCCGGGAUGCAGUACCUGCACGGCGUCCUGGUCCCCAUCAUCAACAAGGUGUUUGAGGAGAAGUACGUGGAGCUGGACCCCAGCAAAGUGGAAGUUAAGGAUGUAGGGUGCUCCGGGCUGCACCGCCCGCAGACCGAGGCCGAGGUGCUGGAGCAGAGCGCGCAGACGCUGCGCGCCCACCUGGGGGCCCUGCUGAGCGCGCUCAGCCGCUCGGUUCGCGCGUGCCCCGCCGUGGUGCGCGCCACCUUCCGCCAGCUCUUCCGGCGCGUGCGCGAGCGCUUCCCCGGCGCCCAGCACGAGAAUGUACCGUUCAUCGCCGUCACCAGCUUCCUGUGCCUGCGCUUCUUCUCUCCCGCCAUCAUGUCGCCCAAGCUCUUCCACCUGCGGGAGCGCCACGCGGACGCCCGCACCAGCCGCACCCCGCUCCUGUUGGCCAAGGCAGUCCAGAACGUGGGCAACAUGGACACGCCGGCUUCCAGGGCCAAGGAGGCUUGGAUGGAGCCGCUGCAGCCCACCGUGCGCCAGGGCGUGGCGCAGCUGAAGGACUUCAUCACCAAGCUCGUGGACAUCGAGGAGAAGGACGAGCUGGACCUGCAGCGGACGCUGAGUUUGCAGGCGGCACCUGUGAAGGAGGGGCCACUCUUCAUCCACAGGACCAAGGGCAAGGGCCCCCUCAUGUCCUCCUCCUUCAAGAAGCUCUACUUCUCCCUCACUACCGAGGCCCUCAGCUUCGCGAAGACGCCCAGCUCCAAGAUGACAAGCAAUAGUAGCCAGAAUCCUGGAGUGAAUAGACAUGGAGAAGAGCUGCCUUUUCUUCUCAACUGACAAGUCAUGUAGAACAUGGUAAGAAGGCAGCUGUCUGCUAGCCAAGGAGAGAGCCCUCACCAGAAACUGAAACCUACCAGAAUCAUUAACUUGGAUUUUCCAGCCUCCACACUGUGAGAAAAUGAAUUUUGUUGUUUAAACCACCCAGCAUAUGGUAUUUUGUUAUGGCAGCCCAAGCAGACUCAUACACAUGUCCAUGGCCUAUUAACUUAAACUGUAAGCUCCUUAAUGAGAAUUCUUGCACGUUAAUAACCUUUGUGUUUUUCAAUUUGUGUAUCAUAAUUUAUUGUACAAAAUUAGUGUUUGAUAAAUGUUAAAUUAAUAAAAAAUGAAUAAAGAAAUACAUAAAUCCAGGACAUGGAAAGUGAAAUGCCUUCUGAAAGAAAUGGGUAAUUACGGGAAGAAAUGUUUCAAGGAUGAUUUUUUUAGGCCACAGCUGCAUAUUGUUUUAUUUACUGGCCUGAGUAUUUAUCACAUAAACUAUUCUCCACAUUUAGGAAUAGUUUUAAAUAAUUAUGUAAAAGCACACAUUAUUUUGUUUUUUAUCAGAUAGAAAUCCUUUCCUUUUCAGACACCCACACACUGAGGAUGAAAACUCUUAUAAAACUGAAGAUCAAAACUUCAACAAUUUCAGAGGAAAUUGAAAACUUUUCAGAGAAAAAAGUGCAGUUUCUUGAACUUUCAGAAAAGUGCAGAUCUUGAACAUUCAGAAUCCCUAGACAGUAAAAUCCUUAACACAGAGAGUGUGCAGGGGACAUAGCUACCUAUAAUUCAGCAGUGCUGACAAACUGAAUGACACUGGAUAAAUCAUUUAAUUUUGAUGUCCCUUAGUUACCUUGCCUUGAAAUGGGAAUGCUAAAAGUUUCACUACUUCCUUUGCAAGGUUACUGUGAAUGUAAAAUAGAAUAACUAGAAAGCUAAAAUAUAUAUGUAAUUUAUGUAUCUGUAAGUAAUGUGUGGAACUUUUAAGCCUUGUAUGGGAAUAAAACAAAUAUACACUGUACUAUUCUAUGAACAAAUCUGUUGGCCAACAUUCUGAUAUUGAAUAUUUAUACACGAUAUAAUGUCUCCAUUUAUUUUCUGGACAGAAUAUAUGAGAUUUCUCAACAGAGGAUUUCCCGUUCUCUUAUUUAAGUAUUCUCCUCAGUGUUUGGGAGCCUGUAUAUUAAACUAGAGAAAAGGUAUUUGUUUGUAGUCAAACAUAAGCUUUUAUAACUACUCUGCCCUUUUACUAGAUCUGGGUCUCUGGGAAGUUAGUAGGUCCUUUAUGAAUGACAGUGUUCUUGUGUUUUGGCAAUACCAACUAUAGGUUUUCCUAACAUCAGUUUUGUGCUUUGUCAAGUCUCUUGUUUGCUUGGUUUAAAUCCCACUUCCAACUUCUUAAAGUCUAAUUAUAGAAUUGUCUUGAGUUUAUUGAUGUUUAACUUCUAGGGCGGUCUGUGAAUGUCAUCGAAAUGUCGAUAACUUAUUCUUCUAGAAGAAAGAAAUCCUCUAGGAUAUGCUGAACCUUCUGAAAAUGAUUUUCUUACCUCUAUUUACAAGUAUCUCAAUUUUAAAAUCACACUUCUCAAAGUAAAGCAAAAAUAGCCAAUGAAGAAUAUUUCUAAAACUCAAGAUUCAUGUGGACUCCUGCUUCUGCUGGUACAGUCCAGCACUGGCAAAUCUGUGGCAAGACGUUCAGUUCCAGAGCCUCCAUGUCAAGGCCAGUCUACUGGCUUCAAGCCAAGAUGGAGAAAUGGAAACUCCAAAAGAUUAAGCAAGAAGCCCAUAGGAACACAAUUAGUAGAGCACUGAAUAAUAUUUCACUGUCCUGAUGUACCAAGUUUAUCCAUUCACCUACUGAAGGACAUCUUGGUUGUUCUAUGUUUUGGCAAGUAUGAAUAAAGCUGCUAUAAAUGUUUAUGUGCCAGUUUUUGUGUGGACAUAAAUUUUCAGUUUAUUAGGGUAAACACCAAAGAGUGUGAUUGCUGGAGAGUAUGGUCAAAGUAUGCUUAGUUUGGUAAGUGGCUGUACCAUUUUGCAUCCCCAUGAGCAAUGGAUAAAAUUUCUUGGUGCUCCACAUUUUCCACAGCAUGUUCUGGAUUUUGACCACUCUAAUUGGUAGGUAGUGGUAUCUCAUUGUUUUAACUCACAUUUCCCUGGUGACAUAUGAUGUAGAAGAGAAUCUUUCUGGUAGUUUAUUUCACAUCUGUUAUAUAUAUAUAUAAUGUUAAUUUGUUAAUGAGAUCCUAGUCUAUGUUUUAUUUUUUAAGUUUCUUUGUCAGUCUGGGAAUUAUUUUAUGGAUGGGGUCUUGCUAUGUUGUCCAGGCUGGUCUUGAACUCCUUGCCUCAAGCCAUCUUCCCACCUCAGCCACCCGAGUAGCUGAGACUACAGUCAUGCACCACCACACCUGGCUAAUUAAGUCAUCUUCUAAUGAAUGUAUAAUAUCAAUAUAAUGAGUAAAACAGUAUUUAACCAUUCCAAUAUUGAUAUUAUACAGUUUUCUUCUAUUAAAACAAGGAUACGGUGGAGCCAAGAUGGCCGAAUAGGAGCAGCUCCGGUCUACAGCUCCCAGCGUGAGCGACACAGAAGAUGGGUGAUUUCUGCAUUUCCAUCUGAGCUCUCCGAGUCUGACAUAUUUCUCUGGCUAAAAGGGAAGAAACAUAUCGGCACUCAUGUUGGGAAGACCUUAGAACAGCAAAGUACUAAAACUUGCCAAACCAACUUCAAGUGGCUUUCUUCUUAGUGCAAUACACACUGCACUGAGUUCCUGAGCAUAAUAUUUCCACCCUUUCCCAUGGAGUCUGCUUAAAUUUGAAGAUUUUUUUCUGGUAGGUGUAUUGUCCUUAAUUUUGGAGGAAGUUUUAAAAAGGUGGAUUAAUGUUAUAUAUGCUUCCGAGAAUAUUAUGCAACCAUGAAGCUUUGCACUUCAACAUAAAUGAAUCCCAAAAAGAGCCAGAUGAACUGUUGGCUGGGAGGCAGAGCCUUAGGAUGUUUCAAAUUCAUUGUGACUUCACAUAAAGGUCCUCUCUGGAGUAUGAAAGUCAAUUUUACAGGUGUAAAAUAAAGGAAAAGAAGACAGUCUGAAAGUCAAAUGAAAUUCCAGGACCACCUGUAUUUCAGUGAGGUAAGUGUUAUAAUAAAGUGUUAUGGGUAGAUACAUAAAAGACAAACUAAUGUAGAGUAAAAAUAAAUUGGGGGACUAUUAAGAGACUGUCUUAAUGUGGAAUGAAUUUUACAGAGUCUUUAUGGUAACAUUUGUAGAUUAAAAUUAGGUCAGUAAACCAUAAGUAAAAAUAGUUAAUUUUCAAAUAUUUAUCACAGAGCUCUCUAGUUUACAUUUAAGAAUAUAUUCUGUUGCAUUGGAUUGAUAUGCACAGGAUUAUUUUGUCUCCACGUAGGGGUAGGAAAGAAAACAAAUUUGUUUUGCAAUAGCCCAGUUUAAUAGAGGUGGUACAAACUUUAGGAAGUAUUUUAAUUUUAGUUAAAUUGAUCCAGGUUAAUUUGGAGACAAUUAUGAAGCACAUACAAAGUACAAAUCAUAAAAUGGUAAUUGUAUCUGCAGUUGUAAGAACCCAAAAGAUUUAAGCUCCAUUAGCUAAGAAUAAAAUGCUGAUAACCAUGAGUCGCAGCCAUGGUUUGGAGGUACUCAGAAAAGUUAACUACGUAAAAAAUGUCACCUUCUUAUUCAGCAUAUUAGCUCCCUGGGUGUUUUCAAGACAUAUCUGCUGGCUUUUCUUUUAAAAUUACACUUCCCUUAGCUACGCUGUGAUAUUACAGCUAUGGAAGAGUGAGCUGGCUUCACCCUGCCUCAUGCAUCAUCAGCCGAACUGUCAGUAAAGUGCUAAUUGCAGAAACUUUAUUACUUGAGGUGAUACUGAACCAGAGAGAACACAGCUUGAUUUUUCAUAAUCUAAACUUUGCAAUGUGAGCAAUUAGAAAAAAAAAACUUUCCUUUUUGUUUCAAUUUCUAAGCUAAGCAAAAUUAAAAUGGAUGUCAUUGACAGUAAAAUAGAAACUUUAAAAUGUUGUCCUUCUAGGUGACUUUAUAACUUAGUAUAAAAUCCCAUUAACCCCUUUUUAUAAAAAUGCAUAAUUUGAAGCUUAACAGCACUUACAAUUCUAUGACACAUUUGGCUACCUGUAACUGGUGAAAGACAGAACUUUAUUUUCUGCUUCUGUCAUUUUUGUAUUUUUUGUAGAGGAAAUAUACUUCAAAGAUAUGCUUUAUAUAUACUCUCUAAAUUUAUAUAUUUCCUAUGGGAUCUGAAAUAUUUAAAGCACCUUUAAACACUAUUUCAGAAAAUGGGUUUGCAGGUAGCACAAGAAAUUUCCUCUAGAAAUAUAAAAAUAGAUGAGGAUGGUUUAAUGGAAAAUUUAUUGGAAUAGAUGCAUGGAAUGUUGGGACCAUUUUUAGGGCAAAUUCCGUGGGGAGUGAUUAGAAAAAUCAGCAAAUAUAAUUCCAUGUGAAAUCCUUGGGGAAAUUCAGUAUACAAUAAAACACAUGAGUGGGAUAUCUAAAUCAGACCUAAGGGUCUAAAAAGAAAACAAACCUAUGAUAGCCUCUUAAGGAGGAGAAAUAAUUAGGGACAAGAUGGUAGAAAAGGCAAAGAAAGGAAAAAUAGUUUUCUCAGUAUAGGAAACAAUGUACAACAUCCUUGGGAUUAUUUCUCCUUUUUAUGGUUGUAAUGUAGAAAGACUGAAAGUCAAUAGGAGUAAAUUCUACUGAUUAAGUGGGUGGUGUGGAUUAGAAGGACACUGGCCUAUAAAGUUAACUGUGCAAAAUCUUGAAAGGGCUUGCGAGCCACGCUAGAGAAUUUCAAAUUGAUCAGAAGGGCAAUAGGAAAUCAUAUAGGGUUUUGCAUAGGAAUUUAACAUGAGCAGAUUUGUAUUUUUUAGGGGUCAGUCUUAUUGACGUCUGGAGAGUUGCCUGGAGAGAGACAAGGCUGAAAAUAGGGAAACCAUUAAAAAAGCUAUUACAGCAAUCCACAUAGGCUAUGAUCUAAGGCACAGCUGGGGUGGUAGCAGAAGGAACAGAUGAAUUUGAAAGAUACUUAGGAGAUAAAAUCAACAGGUAAAUGACUAGGUGUGUGAGGCAAGAGAGACGGGAGAUUCAGAAAUGGCACUUGGGUUUCCGGUCAGGACAACAGAAUGGACGGUAAUGUAAUUUGCUAGAACACAGGAAAGAGAGUGGGUUUGGGUAAUAAAGGUGAUUUCAGCCAUGGACCUGUUAAGAUUUCCUAUGAGAUUCACAUGAAAUUAAUGUAAGUUGAAUAGUGGAUCAUGAAAUAUAAGCCAGAUGGAAAGGAAGUAAAAAGAGAAAGUUGAUGAUAGGAGGAAAGGAGAGGGGUCAAGAUUUGGAAGUAUCCAUAAAUUACAUGGACAAGUGUGGAGGAGUAACCACUAGAGGUCCGAGUUGGUAAGAGAUUAUGCUCAGAAAGUGGGAUGUCUGCAUUCAUGAAUUCAGAAGUAGACAUGUCCUGGUGAAGACAAGUGCACAGGUGGCUGUGGGAGUGGUUGGCUGAAGUGGAGUUAAGGUAAGGGUCCUUGGAAAUGAGGCACUAGCAGCUCAACUCAGUGCUGGGGUUUCGCUUUCCUGGAGUUCAUGCUGCUAUUUCAUUUGGAACUCAGAUGCUUUUAGGGUACUGAGUAUGUUUUCACUAAUAUCUGUACCUUAAUAUUUGUGCCCAUACACACAGGGGGUCAUGUAUAAAAUUCUUUGGUGGGUGAUUCUGCUGUAUCUAAUUAUCUCAUGGAGAAAAUAGAACUUACUGAAGAAAAGAAUGGCAGCUCUUCUGCAAAUAAAUAAGCAAAUACACAUAAGCUUGUAAUACAUUACUGUUAAAACCAGAGAAAAGAACCUGCUUUAUAAUUAAUUUAAUUAACAUAUUCACCACUAUUGGAUUCAGUUUAAUUUAAUAAAAUUUGGUUUAAAAGUGCUGGCAUAGAUAAAACUAAAUGUUUAUAUAAACAAGCAUUUGAACAGCUGAGGGAAAAGAUUGAUCGUUGAGGGCUAAAGGUUUAAGAGCCUUAUAGAAGAUGGAACAAUUGAUCUGAACCUUAGAAGAUGGGUUAAAAUCUAAACUAGGGAACCUAUACUAUAUACUAAUUAUACAUUUAAUAGGCUUGGGUUCGAAUCCUGACUCUGCCUCUUUCUGGCUGUAAGCCCUUGUUCAAAUUAAUUAAUCUUUCUAAAAAUAAAUGUUCUCAUCUGUAAUAUAAAAAUAUUAAUAGUCUUACUUAUAAAAUGUAAGUACAUUUAAAAGCUUUUGUCCUGUAGUAAUUGACUGAAGUACAAGCACUAAAAAUGUUAAUCAUCAAAAGCAUAAAGAUUAUAUAAUAUAGAGGUUAUAUAUAGAGAAGAAAUUAAUAUAUUUUAAAACUGAACAUUUUUGUUGUGAAAAAAAAUUACAAAAAAUUUAAACAGAAUUAAAAAUGCAUUUAUUGUAUCCCAAAUAUUGGCAAAUGAUAUCGUCAGAAUAUACCAGAUGGUUGAUACCAUUAGUGUUGCCCAAUACCUUAUUUAUUUUCAUUUAUCAGUACACAGAUAAUUAUGCUUUCCUUUCUACUUGAAGUUAGGUGUGGCCAGUGAUUGGUUCUGGCCAGUGAAAUGUAAGUGGAAAUAUCUCCUUCAAUAAAGCACUUAAUUACUUGACCUUAAUUCUCCAAUUCUCUUCUGCCAUGCAAACCUCUAAGCCUGGUGUUAAAAUGGAAUUAUCAAAAAAUGUAGAACAUUCAAUAACCUGGUUGUUUGAGCUCCAGAUUUCUAAUUCACAUGUGCUGACCAUGAGCAAGAGCCAAAUGGGCAUUGUUUGUUAUGCCACAUAAUUUAAACUGUACUAACUGAUACCAGUUAUAAGGUUCUCUAUCUCAAAUGAGAGAAUAGAUUGAGAGAAAGCAAUGUUAUCUUUUAUCUAGGCCUGGGCAGACAUAUAUUAACAUGCGUUGAUAAAUAAAUAUGUGUCAGACACAUAUUGAUAAAUCAAGAAGAAAAUAGUAAAGUUAAGAUAUAUAAUAAAUGGUAACAUAAUUUUAUCCUCCUAACAAAUACAUAGACAAUGAUGUAGUUAACAUUAUCCAUAUUAAAUAGUUUAUCAUCUUAAAAAUCAUUUUCUUAGUUUUUAAUUUCAUGUGACACAGAUAGCAUUUCCUCUUUCCAUGUUGCCUCCCUUCUAAGAGCUUAUAGUCUAAGACCAAUAAUAUAGCAUAGGUUAAGUAUGAAGCAAACAACCUGUUAAAUAUAUCGGGGUUCUAGGUAUGAUGAAACGCAUGAUAAAAGGCACAAUUAGGAGUGAGAAACACAUGAUGAAAUAAACCUAAAUGCUCUUUCUACUUGGUGGGUAGCUUGAUGGGUUCCCCUUCCCUGAUAGAAUGAAAAGUAUUUGUUGAGAAAGUAAAACAUUAUUGACAUUUGAAUACAUAAUGGGAAAGGGCUAAGACACAAAAGGGUGUUUAUGGCAAUCAUAGGUAAUGUCUCAACUCAAAAUGUGGAGAAGGUUACCGUAGUGAAGUCUUCAAACUGUCAUCUAGGUAUCUAGGAACCACAGGCAGUAAGGAUUGCGUCUGGAUGUUACUGUGCCUCUGAUGAUACCACUGCCAUUUCAGUAGAGUGGAUCUCCAUGUCAACUGGAUCUAUGCUAAGAGUCCUUGGCACAGAUUUCUGAUCCCUUCAAUCCUGAAGAAUUGGCAUGAAUAGUUCCAUUUUGCUUUGUGGCAAUAGUUCUGACUCUGAAGUCAACCCUAAUCACAAAAUAUCUCUGUGAAUUGAAAGUGAACAAGAGAUGUCAAUGAAAAUUCUCAGUGCUUCUCAGAACUGUAAGGCCUCCAAAGAAGUGUAAAUUUAGGAAGGCUAUGCAGAAAAUGGCAGGAGGAUGACGGUUCAUUCUCCACCCUAUAGCAGAAGUGAUCUUUGAAAUGUUGGUCUGCUCGUAUUAUUUCCACUGUUACUUAAAACCCUUCAAUGGCUUUCCAUUCCUCUUAAAUUGAUGGCCAUGAAGAACCUCAAGAUAAAAAGAUAAAAUGACCCAAAAGAUAAUAAAUGAUGUGAACACUGUCUACCUUUCCAGCUCUUCUCUUAUUAUUUCCUUAUCAUUUCCUUCCCUGGAGCCAUCACUCUAGAUCAGCCAUGCUUCCUCCCACCAUGAAGAUCUUACACAUGCAAUUAUCUCUACCAAGAUGUUUUUCCUUCCCUUCCCUUCUUAGUAGUUCACAGUGCUUAUCUCUCAGCCACAUGUCAUCUACCAUUUCUUAUGGAGUCUUAUAUUACUCCUUGGCUAAGUCACAUCCUCCUGCAACAGGGUUUUGUACCACUGAGGACUUCCCCUUUGUGGUCAUUGUCAGAAUUGAAAUUUAAUAAUUGUGUAGGCAUAAUUCAUUGAUGGAUAUUUGUUGUUAUACAUAUUUUUUUAUUUUGCUGGAAGGUAAACACUACAAAAACAAGAGGAUAUAUAGGUUUCCAUUUAGCUUCUUUUGCCAGUGUUUGCUGAAGGGUCAAACAAGUGGCAGAUUUUGAAUACAUAUUGGUUGAAUAAAUUAAUAUUGUUGAACACUACGAUGAUACCCUAAUGAACAGAUGUGCCUUCUGACUCACUUAAAUGCUUAAAAUAAAAGUCAAGGUAUUUUGGAGGGUGUAGAUGACACAGACAUCCUUCAAAAUGUUGCAGUUCACUAUUCAGAGAAAAAUGUGGAAUCUGAUGUUAGGCUUUUAAGUUGAGGGAAGGAGAGUAAACUGUCAAAGCAGUGCUUCUCAUGGGAAUUUUUUCUUUGCCACAGUUCAUAAAUGAAAGGUAAGGAAUGAGUCACCAUGUUGACAGUGCAUUCAACCUCUCAGAUACUCUGCAAAAAGGAUUUUAUACAUUCUGGCUUAAUUAGGAUCCUUAGGUAAUAUCCUAGUCUAAAAAAAUAAAUACAAUGGUUAACUAGGUCCUCUGUAUAUUUCAGUCAGUAUUGCAGAUUAUAUUUUGGAGAAGUCUUAGUAUUUUUUCUUGCCUUAGAAAGCACCAUGGUAGUGGACAUCACGGAACCUUUUCCAAUGAUUCAGAACACUGUGAUGCCUCAUGGUUGUCAUCUUGUAAAUCAGUUAUUAUGGGAAAUAGAAAUAGAAAUUUAGAAGAUAGAGCAGAUUGAACCAAAUGACCCUUGGAUAUAACUUGAAAAAAGUUCUGUUUAAAACCUUCCAGGAGCUUCCAACACUUAGAAUGAUAUCCCAGCCUUUACCAGUGCCCAGUACCCUGGAAUCUGGUUCCUCCCUGUCCAUCCAAACUACCUUCCUGCUGUUCCCACACCUGCCAAAUUCCAUCCCUCUUUCUGGAAAAAUCUCCCACUAGAACUUGAGAAGCUUCAGUCACAUCAUUUAGAUUUCUGCUUGAUAGCUUCUCCUCAGAGAGGCUUUCCUUGAGAUCCUGUGGAAAAUACCAUAGUAGACAACCUGGUCACUGUCUAUCACAUUAGCCUACUUUAUUUUCUUUAUAGCCCUUACUACUUAUUGAAAUUAUAUUAUUUAGGGUGUGUGUGUGUGUGUGUGUUUUAAUUUUUAUUGUUCAUCUCCUGGACUAAAAUAUAUGCUCAAAGAGUAACAAUAUUUACUCUAUUCUCUGUUUUAUCCCCAGUGCUUAGAAGAACAUAUGGCCCAGAUUCCACACUCAGUAUAUAAUUCUUGAAUGAAAAAGAGAAAUGAAUCAAGGGCCUCUGAUUCCAUGAAGCCCUCCCCAACUGCCCACCACCCAUGACAUACAUCACUUAAGCAGAUUGAUCAUUCCCCUCCUAUCCCAUUAACAGUUUACAUUUCUUGGGCAGGCAGUGUCUAAGACCUUUAUAUAUGUUGUCUGAUAUUAUUUGUCAGGCUGUCAGACUGCCUGAUUCUGACCAAGGAGAACAGAAAAACAGGUAAAUUUUAGUCUCACGAGGGUCUUUAGAACAUAUAUUAACCAUGCAUUCAUGUAAGCAUUUAUAAACAGCCUUACAAGUAGAAGAAUUCCAAGAGUACCCUUUUGGAAUUUAGACAUAAAACAUUAUAAUGCCUUUUGGAACAUCUAAAGUCAGGUAACACCCAAUUCCAUACUGGUUGUGUGAGUGUGUGUGUGUGUGUAUGUGUAAUUGUUUGUGGACAUGCAGAUGAAAUACAACUUGAUUUAUUAAAUAACUCCAGACCUGUGUCAUAAAUUUCCUUUCUACACUUGCGCCCUUUGACCCUAAUGUGCCAAGGUUAUACAGUGGAGAUAAAAGCACCAAGGACUUCAUCUGAAUACAUGAAUAUGCAAACAGGCAAAAAUAUGCCCUAUGCACCUGAGGAACUAAAGGGAAAAUAUGUCUGCUGUAUUUCUCAGGACUUUAAUUUUCAGAGACAUCUCUAGGACUAGAUAGGACAAAAAGCAUUACUGGCCAAACUAAAACAGCUAAGGGCAAGGCAAACUGAAGUGUAGCAUAGCCCUCCAAUAUAAGGCAUCUGAGCCAGGUACUUAACAUGCUAUCAGGAUUCUUAUAGGGAUGUAUGUGUUAAUUUUUCUCAGUCCAAAUCAUUUAUGUCCACUGACAAAUGGGGAAUAAUUGGGCUUAAAAAUCUGUAAAAUUAAAUCUAAAAAUGAUUUUUAAAAUAAUAGUAUUCUGUCCACAAUUCAACAGCAACAAUUAUUUUCAUCAGUCUAGCAAAAGACAAUUUUUUUAAAGGUACUUUAGGUAAAAUUUUCAUAAACUAUUUUGGUUUCAAUGAUGCUGUAUUGAUACCAUCGUUGGUUUCUGCAAUUAUUUAAUCUAAUUAACUUGAGUUCUCCCUAAUGCCUUAACCAAAAAUAUGUAUUAAGCAUAGUAUAUGUACAGUAUUGAACUAACUUUCUGAUAUAAAUAAUACUAAAGAAGUUUGGACAAGAGAAACAUGUUCCCUCUUCAGGACAGGGCAUUUCAAACAGGUGAAGAAUCAGAGUUUAGUUUGUUUGUUUCCCCAGUCCAUCAGAGACCAAUAUUUUUGUAAAGAGAAAAAAAAAGUGAAUUACUACAAAAGUAAAAUAAAAAAGACAUCCAAAAUACAAGUCUAAAUUAUUUAGUUUUUGAUUUAUCAGGGAUAAAAUUACAUUUCAAUAAAUAUAACCAAAACAACAUUUCAUAGGAAAAAGGGAACUAUGGAAACUCUGCAAAUUGUCCAUUUAAAAUGUGUAUGUAGGUAGAGAAUCACUAUUAUGCCCAUAUUUUUUUUCUUUCCUCAAUUGUAACUGAACAAACAGUUAUAUGUAAAACAAUUCCCGUUCCAAAUACAUUUUUGCACAUGUUGAAUGAAUACCAUGGACAACAAUAUUUAAAGUUUUCAAAUGUGGCAAAUGAACAUAUUUCUUACUUCCUCAUUUAUCUAAUUUAAAUUGGAUUAAUGAAUUUCUAAAUUUUGAUCUUCACUUCUGUACUUAUUUUAUCACAAACCAUAACAAACAGCAAGAAUGUAAUAAGAGAAUUAGACCUUCCCCACAAAUUCUUGCUGCUGUGGCCUCUUGAACUCUCUUCUCUGUCUCCUCAAUUCAGCAAGACCUUAAAUCUGGUGCUGCCAGUUGGAAAAUGCUUCCACAGAGUUAGUGCCUGUAAUUGUAGGCCUCACUUUGUUUAAUACCCUUCUCGCAUGAAUCAUAUUCCUGCACUAUCUGUUGAAUUCCUGCAAUAAAUGUCUGAAAACAUUUGUUUCAUAUUUUUCCCCCUAUUCCCUAGUUGUUUAAGAAGGAAAGGUAAAUUCAGGCUUGACUAGGAGCAGAAGUUCCAUAUCUUGCAUACAUUCUACACUGUUAUAUUUUCAUUAUAAAUCACACCAAAAUAUUUUCUACUUUGCUUGAUGUUUUUUACUUAAACCUUGAAAUACUAAGAAAUGUAUUAUUUAAUAUUAUGCAGUUGGGAAGUUUCUAAUUUUAUUUUUAUUAUUGACUUCUAGAUUAAUUUCUUCUCAUAGCAUAACUGAGUAACUUCAAUCCUUAGAUAUUGUUGAAGCUACCUUUUUGGCCUAGCAUAUGGUUAAAUUUCAUACAUGUAUACUUAAUAUAUACCUUGCUUUCCUCAGGUGUUGUGUUUUCUAUAUAUCGAUUAGUUCAUGUUUAAAAAUUUAAUUAUUCUUACCAUCUCAUUUUUUGUUUUGCCAGUUCUAUCAGUUAUAGAGGGAAGAGUGUUAAAUAAUUGCAGAUUUAGACCAGGCACGGUGGCUCACGCCUGUAAUCCCAGCACUUUGGGAGGCCGAGGCGGGUGGAUCACGAGGUCAGGAGAUUGAGACCAUCCUGGCUAACACGGUGAAACCCCGUCUCUACUAAAAAUACAAAAAAUUAGCUGGGCGUGGUGGCAGGCGCCUGUAGUCCCAGCUACUUGGGAGGCUGAGGCAGGAGAAUGGCGUGAACCCGGGAGGCGGAGCCUGCAGUGAGCUGAGAUCACAUUGCUGCACUCCAGCCUGGGCGACAAAGUGAGACUCCGUCUCAAAAAAAAAAAAAAAAUUGCAGAUUUAUUCUUUUCUUUUUUAGGUUCUGUAGUAUGUAGCUAUGGUAGUGGAUGAAUACCCAUUUGGUAUUGUGCUAUCUUCCUAUUGGAUAGACUCUAUAUUUUAAAAUGUCCCUCUUAUCUCUAGUCAUUGUCUUACUUUGAAAUCUACUUUGACUUACAUUAAUUAGCACAGCAGAACUAGCUCUCUGUUGGUUAGUGAUUAUCAUGCUUUCUUCCAUUAUUUCACUUUCAACCAUUCUGCAUUCUUAUAUUUAAAGUGUAUUCUUAUAAACAAUAUAUAGUUGUUGUUUUAUAUCUUAAACAUAAUUGUUUUUUCCUUAAUAAAUUUGAUCUAUUUUCAUUUAAAAUAAUACUGGAUAGAGCUGUGAUUAUGUCUGCUAUCCUGCAAAGUCCCCUUUUAACUGCUUUCUUGAUGACUUUUGAUUUUGUCAAAUAUUGUGAGAACGUUUUUCUUAUAUUAACUCAUUAACUACAACUACUUUGUAGUGAUUACCCUAGAGAGUAUAUAACUCAUUCUACACUUAUUACAAUUUAAAACAAGCUAUUAUUUAUCACUUUCAUUAUACUACUUGAACCAUAGACCUUUUAACUCCAUUACUCCCCAACUUCAUUUUGCAUUCUUAUUACUUUUACAGUGGACACACCUUUUAAGAUUUUGCUGAUGCAUAAUGUUGGCUUAAAUAUUUCCUGUUGCCUAGUUGAACUAAACAUAUCAUGAUGGUAUUUAGUGAGGAAAUGUGUCUGAUACCAGAAAUUGAAUUCAAUUUAUUAAAGAUUUCUUGGCAUCUGUCAAAAAGUUCAUCAAAAUUUUCCCCUUUGCCCGUGUAAUAUGAUUGAUUAUGGAAAUCUAUUUUUGAAUAAUGAAAAAUAUUUGAAUCUUCUCAGAGACUAUCACUUAAUAAUGGUACUUUCUGAAUUUAAAGCUCUGAUGAAUUUGAUUUACUAAUAUCUUUCACUUUGUAUCUCUCUAUCUAUAACCUAAAUUUGUCUGUAGAUUGCUGUAUCUUUUUUUGUUCUGUUUAUUUAAUAUUUAUUACAAGCUUGCUAACAGCAUCAUCCUAGCUUAAAAAAUUAAUUAGAAAGUUUCUGUUCUUUUCUCCGUGUCUUGGAAGGGAUUGAAAAGCAAAGAAAUUGUGUCUUCUUAAAAGUUUGCAGCACUGUUCACAAUAGUCAAAUUAUGAAAUCAACCAUUAAUGUGUCCAUCAAAGGAUGAAUAAAUAAAGAAAAUGUGAUAAUAUAUUCACAAUGGAAUACAAUUCAACCCUUAAAAAGGGAGAAAGUCAAUCAUUUGUGACAACAUGAAUGGAAUUGAAGAACAUUAUGCUAAGUACAAUAACCCAAACAUAAAAAGACAAAUACCAUAUGUUCUUACUUAUAUGUGGAAUCUAAAACAACUGAACUCAUGGAAGCAGCGAGUAGAAUCAUAGUAACCAGAGGCUGGGGGUGGGGUAGUGGGGAAAUGAUAGUGAAGCCUCAGUAAGGAAGAGUAAGUUUGAUUUUUUUUUGACUAAUUGCCAACAUGAUGAAUAUAGCUAAUAAUUAAUUUAUAUAUUACGAUAUCAUAACAAGUAAAUUUCUAAUGUUCUCAUCACAAAAGAAUAUUAAGUAUUUGAGGUGAUGGAUAUGUUUAUUAGCUUAAUUUAAACUUCAUAUUACAUUCAAAAAUUAUAAUGCCACUUUUUACUUCAUAAAUAUAUACAACUAUAGUUCAUCAAUAUAUCAUAAAAUAAUUUUUUUAAGUUUGUAGAAACUCAACUAUGAAACCAUCUGGGUCAUGAAACUAUUUGAACAAUUUCUUUAUUCUGUAUAAUAACCUAACUUUAUGACAAAAAGUUUACUAUUUCACUUAGUGUUUAAAUGUCUUAAGCACAAUUUCAUGUAUGUAAUUAAUCUGAAAAAACAUUUCUAUGACAGUGAUUGUAUCACCUUUCAUACACUAAUAUUGUGAAUUACUAUUCUCACGCAUUUUCCCAUGAGUAUCUUUUAGAGAUUUAUCUAUUUCAUUAUAGUUCUUAAAUAACUAGCAUUAGAUGUAUUUUCAUUUCUAACUUCCCUUACUUAUGUUAUUAUCUUUACAACUUCCUUUCUACUGAUUUCAUAGUGAUCGAGGCAGGAGGCAGACAGAUGCCCAGGCAGAUAGGGGCAGGUCCCAAUGAAACCCAAUCUUCAAGUUGGAAACUGUUCCUGGUAAAUCCUUGGACCCCAUUAAGAACCUGCCUUCCUGUUUCAUGCACUAUCCUCUGACCUUGAUCCCCAUCCUUCACGUAUUUUACAUAUACCUACCCUUUCUUAAUUGUUUUUCUACACUGUAGUGCCCAUCUUUGAAUGGUGUUCUUCACUUUGACCUUUUUUGCAUACUCACAAACAAAUCAGCACACACUCCCUAUUCUGAGCUCAUAAAAAGCCCCAGGCUCCACCACAUUAGAAAACCUCCCUGUCUUCAGGUAGGAGAACCACCCCACCCCUCCCGUAUCACCUGUUUUUGCUGAGAGCUUUUCUUUCCCUUAAAUUUUACUCCACUCACUCUUUGAGGUUUGCGUGCCUAAUUUUUCCUGGUCAUGAGACAAUAACCCAAACCGAGCUGAGCUAAAAGAGCAAACAUCCUAAAUCAAUAGGAGUUAAUUCAGUGUACUUUCUUAUCUCCCUGUUAAUAUUUAUUGCUGCGAACAAACUAUAGGAGAUUUUGCAGCUUAAAACAACACCCAUUUAUUAGCUCACUGCAAGUCAGAAGUUUGCGUGACAUCACUGGUUUCUCCUCUCAGCGUAUCAUAGGGCUAAACUCAAGAUGUUGGUUAUGCUGAGUCUUCUUUGGAAGUUCUGAGGAAAAAUCAGCCUCCAGGAUCAUUCUUGUUUGCAAAAUUCAUUUCCUUCCUCUUGUAGGAAUGAGGUCCUGGUGUUCUUUUUGACUGUCAACCCAGUAGCUUCUCUCAGCUUCUAGAGUCCCCCCACAUUCCUUGCUAUGUGACCUCUCCGUCUUCAAGCCUGCAACACUGUAUUCAACCUUCAAGCCUAUAACAAUAUGUUCAAUCCUUCCUAUGCUUUGAAUCUCUGACUUCUUGUCUCUUACCUCUGGACCCAGAUUUAAAGAGAUGACAUGGUUGAGCCAGGCACAAUUUUCCUAUCUUAAGGUCAGCUGGUUUUAGACCCUAAUUUACACUAGCAAAAUCCUUCACAACAGCAUCUAUAUUGGUAUUUGAUUGAAUAAUGGAAAAAGGUGUGUGUUUAUCAACAGACAGAAAUCUUGGGAGUCUCAUAGAAUUCUGCCUACCACAUUUCUAUGAGUGGCAUAUUUAGCUCAUUUAUUUUUAUUUUCCCUAUUUUGCAGGCAUAAAUUUUCAGAGUGCAUAUCAUAUUUGUCUGUGUUUCCUACUUUUUGAUAUAUUCUGUCUUGAGAAGUUGAUAUCCUCUUUGACUCAAGAGUUCUUUAGGUUAUUAUUUUUGGUUCCUAUGUGAUUUAAUAUGUUCCUUAAGUAAUGCUUUUGUUAUUAAUGUUUUUAUUUCACUGAAAUAAGAGAAGUAGAAUUGUUACGAUUUAUUCUUUUCCUUUUGAGAUUUUUUAAGACCCAGGAUAUAAUCAAUAUUUUAAAAUACCUCAUGAGUAUUUGAAAAUAUUUUUUUUAAAUAUAUAUUUUCUGCCUAGGAACAAAAACAUUAAUUAUAUUAUUCAAGUUCUUAAUUUCUUCAUUUGAUUUCUGAUUAUUUUAUCUUCAGAAAGUUUGAAAAAUAAUUAUUUUCCCAUUUAUUUUUUAUUUUGAACAUUUAAUAUAGUUCAGAGAUAUAUUAUUUGUCUCAUAGAUGACUUUUGAUAGCUAAAUCUUCAUGUUACAGUACACCUUUUAUCCUCAUAUAAUACCUGACAACAUGCUAAACAAAGAAUUGCUAUGAUGAUUAUAAAUGAUGAUAUUUGUGCAAUAUGAUAUUGCCACUAAUGCUUUUAUUUGUAAUUUUCUUUAUGUCACAUUAUUUUUCAUUUUGUUUAUAUUAUUUAGCUAUCAGUCUUCAUGUAGUGUCGUUGUUUUUUGUUUUGCAAUCUAAUUCCCGAGUUUUCAAGUAGUAGGGUUUAACACUUUUUUUUUUUUUUUUCAGUUGGGCUUGCUUCUGUUAUCUACUUUAUAUUUUAUGCCCUUAAGUUUUCAUGCUAUUCCCCAGUCAGUUCACUGAUUUUGCUAUACUAUUCAAAGUUUCUUUCGUUUUUGUUUUCUAGUGAUUUGAGAAUAAUAUACCUAUGUUUAUUCUACCAGUGAUUUAUCUUAAAAUUUUGAGCAUAAAUGUAUGAACAUUCAUGAACUCAUUUUUAAAUUUAUUUUCCUCUAGCAAUAGAGAAUGAUCUUUUUAAUAAAAUAAAACCAAUAAUCUCAUUUUCCCACUUAAUGUUCUUUCUAUUUUUGAAGAUAAAAGUCAAAACCUUAGCUUAGACAUGAAGGCCCUUCAUUAACUGAGUGAUGUCUCUUUCUCUUGCGUUGUAACUUCUGUUCUCCUUCUCCUUAGCUAUGUUCUGUUGUUUCAGGAUUCCGACAUUCACACUGCUGUUAUGCAAAAUGCUGUUUUUCAAACUGAAAUGCUUGUGCUUCUCUUUUACCUGCUAAAUUCUAUUCAAACUUCAACAUUCAGUUCAAAUAAUUAUGUCCCCUGGAAAACUUUUCCUAGUCACAUUCUCCAUGCAAUCUGAUUUUAAAAACCCUCUCCUUCACUGGUGUGGCACUCUGUAGAUACCCCAUCACAGGACCUAUCAUCUUGCCCUACAUUAUUAGGUUACUCAUUCAACUUCUCUUCUUCUUGGAGCUCAGUAAGGGCAGGGGCUUUGUCUUAUUCAGCUUUGAGCCCUCAGAAUCUAGUGCUGUCCUUCACAUAUUUGUGGUACUUACAAAUAUUUGUUUACUGAAUUAAGUAUAUUAGACAAAUAUCACCAGUGUUUGCCCAUUUUUGGCUCAAAUAUUCAGAAAUUUCAUUUAUGUUUAUAAAAUACACAAUGUAAUUUUCUGAUUUAUUCUGAAGUACCAGAAACAAAGAAAAAAUAGAAAACCGAAUAUAUUAUAAUGUAACCAAUGAACUUUAGCUAACAAUGUAUCAGUAUUGGUUCAUCAAUUGUAAUAAAUGUAUUAUACAAAUGCAAGAUAUUAAUAAUAGAGGAAACUGGGGUAGGCAAGUACAUAUGAGAACUUUCUGUACUUUCUGCUCAAUUUUUCUAUAGGACAAAACUGCUCUAAAAGUAGUCUUAUAACUAAAAACACCUGUUUAUAUAUUUCAAAAAUAUUAUAACUGAAUAUACCUUACCUUACUAUUUAAUAAUAGCUCUUUUACAUAUUAAUUUAACUAACAUAUUGAACACCUCUAUGCCCAUAAGACAAGUGAGAGACCAAGUGUUACUUGCUACAUAUUGUGAUAAGCCCUGUCAAGACAGUAUUUUUUGAGAGCAUGUAGGAAACCUAUCAAUCCUAGACCUGGGUAGGUGAUCGAAGAUUCCAUGAUGGAAGUGACACCUCCAAGGAAGCCUGAAUGAUGAGAAGGAGUUUAUGAGUAAAGAACUAAAAAUAAGGAAAAUAGAACCUGGAGAAUUAAAUCUGAUCCUGUUUCAGAGUUUGAACUUUAAUCCAGAGGUAAUGUGAUGCCACUGAAAAGAUUGUUAACAUGUACAUGACAUAAUCAGAUUUCCUUUCUAGAAGGAUUACUUUGGAUGCUACAAAGAGGAAAGUGGAUGAGAAAUAGGCAAGAUCAGAUGGUAUCAAAGCAAGGAGACAACUUAUGAAGCUUUUUUGGCCAUCUAGGCUAGGAAUGAUGAUUCUCUAAAAUGGAGUAGUAUCAAUUGGAAUAGGGUGAUGAGAAUUUCACAGCAGAUCAGGAGAUAGAUGGAUUGGAUACAAGUGAGAAGGAGGCAUUCAGGGUGAUUCUUCAGUCUUUAACUAUUCAACUGGGUGGAUGUCCUCAUGCCAUUUUCAGAGAGAGAAAAGAUAGAGAGUAAAUUUGGGUAAAGGAAUUGAAAAUGAGUUACAUUUGGGAUUUGAAAUAUCUGCCGAAUAUGCAAAUGAAGACCUCCAACUGAGAAAUGAAUGUGGAGAUCCUGGCCUAUGUAAGGGAAUUGGGUCAUUAAAAGACAGUAAGAAUUGUCAGACUAUCUCAAUAACUGAAGAAAGGGGUGUGGGCAAAUUAGCAACUGAAGCAUUGGAUACUUUCCCCACUAUAGAGAUAUAGAGAAUUAUUACUUCGGAAAUACAACAACAACAAAUAUUUUCUAGUUGAGAAACUUCAUAGAUGUUUAUACCAUAUUUUUCUCUUUGGUGAUAAAGUGAUUUUAGAAGUAAUUUAUAUUUAUUUUUAAGUUGGCAUUACAUCUUUUUGAAGAUACCAGGAUAUUUACUGCAGAAUCUCCAGGCUGCCAUCCAUAUAAUAGAUCCCAAGGACCUUAUCACUUUCUUGACAGUAAGAAUGUGUGUACUUUAAUGAAGUUGUUAUCAAUUCCAUCAGAUGUAAUACUUACUCUGAUAAUAAAUAAUGUGGAAUGCUCCCUCUACUAUCCUGAAAUUAAAUAUACACAUAAUACCUACACAGAUAAUUAAAAAAUACAGUGCCCUAAAUGUAGUAUAAAGGAGGAGUAAAGACAUCUAAUAAAGUUAAUAUUUCUCUAAAAAACUGCUCAACGUAACAGCACUAGAAGACAUAAUGAAAUAAUCAGAUACUUAAACCCCUGGGUGUAAUUACAAUGAAGUUGUAGCUAUAAGUGAAGGUUAUGUAAACUUCAGAAAGGCAUGUGUUUAUUCUACUUAGUUCACUGCUAUUUCCUUUGUACCUGCAGCUAUGCCUGAAACAUGGUAUGUGCUCAGUAAAAACUUUAUUAAAUAAUUGAAAUAAUAAAUUCAAGUGUUCCUUAUGAUUUUAAAUACCACUAGCAGCACUGCUGUCAGUGAUGUGAUGUUUCAAAAUGUGGAUCAAUUCUCAGUGAAUUUCCAAGCAAUAGUUUGCCCAGUUGUUGCAUUUAAGUAUUAUUACUGGUUUAAUUGUAAAUUGUUAAGUACUAAUCCAUGAGAAUAAUCACUAAUCUGAACAAAUUUCUUUAAAAUAGCUUACUAUUAAGUACUUUACUUAAAUCAGCAAUAAUGAAUUUGCACUAAUUGGUCACCUAUUAUGUACCUGAUAGUAGAGACUGUGCUCUCACACCUGUAUAUCUUUACCCUUGGAGAGGCAUUUACUACAUAAUUUUUGAGUAAAUGAUUUCUUGCAACAAUUCUGCUCUGUGAGUGUUUUGCCACUUUUAAAAAAUUGUCUUUCUGAUUGCUAUGUUUAAGAUUUGAUUACUAUGUUCUAUUACUGAUAUUUGAAGUAACUUAACAGAACUAUCUGGUUUAUUUAUCUACAAAAAUAUAUAUUUUACCCAGCAAUUUAAGACUAUGUUUAACUCAUCAUUAUUUCAAUAAGAAAUGAAAAAUACAUUAAACUUAUAUUUAUCAUAGUCAGUUCCCUGCCCAUUUCCCUUUGGGUCCUUUAUCUCUUCUAUGAGUGGCAGUCUGACUCCCCACCCAUACUGCCAUCUGUACUGGAAGGCUGUCCUCUGUUUCCAGAACCUUCUUUGCCAAUGCACAGCUGACCAGAAAUGUCUGGGGGCUAGCAUGUCUCUGAGAGCCUUUGCCAGUGGGUUUAAUACCCUAGGUUGCUCAUCUUGGCAAGAAUAAUCCUGAGGCAUGUCUUUUCACCUUUUCUCAGAGCUGACCUGGGGAUUGUGCUCCAGAACAACUUGACGGCCUGCUUUUCCCUUCCUGUAUCAUCUCCACAGUCCUCUGCUUGUUUUUCCUGCAGCUCCCAAAUAAACAAAGGGUGUAUCAUCCUUUUCUCAGGGUCUGAUUCUCUUAGGGUCACCAAAUUAAAGGAGUUAGAAAUUGUUCUAGGAAACAGAUCCUCAGAGAGAACUUUGGGGUUGGGUCUUGGGGCUGGCCAGAUAGCAAAAGACUGCAUUGCUGGUGGUAGUCGGGAUAAUGAUAAUCUUUGACAUUCUAUAGCAUAACCAUUAAUGCCCUUUUCACCAGUGGUGAAAUGAAAUGGAAUAUCUGUGGAAGAGGAUGCAAUAUCACUGAUAUGUAAGAGGUAUGGUGGCAACGGUCAUUACAGACUGUGGAAUUCUUUAGUUGUUUUAAAAUUCUAUUAAUAAGCAAAAUUAAAAUGCUGACAGGCUCAAAUCCGAAAACAGAUACCUUUUCCCGGUGGGGUGGGAGGGGCCAAAGGGGAUCUUUGACAGUAUUUAAAGAUUCCUUCAUCUCCUGCAACUAGAGGGCAGAUCAGGACAAAAACUAGACCCAGCACCUCAUUGUGAGAGUAGGUGAGUUACAGAGAAGGCAUGAUUCCUAGUACUUAUGUCUCCUCUGCUGAAUAAAGGCCCUAGGUGCAAAAAGAAUGUGCCCUGGCUACCUGGGAGGGGAAUAUCUGAGCAGACACACUUGAGAAUACUUAAUCCCCCAUUCCCUUGAAUCCUCCAAGGCUGCAGAAGAGGCCUGCUUCUCUUGCCUGGAGACCUUGCAGAGGCCUCUGCUGAGAUGGAUGCUUCCCAAGGUGAUAAUGGAAUUUUCCAAGAUUUCCCUCCACUUCCCCUCAUCAUUUCUAGACUAAUAGCUGGUAUAAAGUUUAGUAAAUUACCUCCUCUGGGAAGAAAGGGAUUCUUCCAUCCCUCACCCCCUCAAAAAAAAAACUAUAGUUCUUGCAAAUAUGUACUGACAGGGCCCCAGGAAUGAGUUCUGAGGGCACUAGAUGAAUGGAGGGAAGGUGUUGAGUGGCAUGCAGAACAUAAAGCUAUACAGGGGAGAGUUUGUAAAUAUAAGAAACAAUCUAAUGGUACAGUAUGCAACAUACUGACAAGGACACCUGGAGCUUGUUCUAAUUUGCUACUAAAAUGGCUCCCUGAAGCUUGGGGAAAAAAAUGCCGGCCUCUAAUAAAUGGAUGGAGAUGCUGAAAUGCCUUGGCAGAAUAGUGUGGAAGAAUUAAAAAUGCUUAGAGAGGUAGGCGUGCUAGAAUGAAUUUAUUCACUACCUGACCUAUUUCUCAAUGAGAGCCCAGAGGACUCUCCAUUUAGUAAAUCAAUAUGGGAUGAGCUAGUAAGGAUGGCACCAACACUGUGUCCUUUCUAAGCCAGGUCGAUGGAGGGGACACUGCUUUGGAACUGGACUCCCCAGAGUCAAUGAGGACAAUAGGAUUCAGGCACAGCAGAACCCUGAGGCUGGCAUUAAACAUUAAAGAAAAAUCAUAAGUAGCUACCAAAGUGUAGCAAAGCUGCAAUGGCAAACACAUUUAUAUUUUGCAGCAUCUAAUUAUGAUUUUUACAUAAAACUUAAUACAAACCUACCUACAUUCAUUAUCAUAAACUUAACUGCAUAUCAGUAUCUUAAAAUAAUCUUCCCAUAUUAAAUGUUUGUGAAAAAGAAAUCAAUUCUAGUCAUCAGAGAGCCCUUGUAAUAAAUAUGCAAGAAAAACAAAUUAUUGACAUUUCCUGGAAAGGUGAACAUUAAUUUUGUUAUACAAAUUUCACGACUGAAUAUUUAGUAUUGAUCUUUCCAGGCCAGAGUUUUUUUCAACUUUAUUUUUAUCUUCAAAUUUUUACUUUCUUUAACAUGCGUCUUCAUGAUAUUGAAGCAGCGUCAUUUGUCUGGGGUGAUACAGAGGUUCGUUGUCUCAUGGCCACAGGAAACUAGGACAUGGACACGCGAAGAGUGAGGUUCAGAGCAGAAGUUUAAUAGGCAAAAGAAAGAGAAGAGCUCUCUUCUGGGUUAAAUGCAGCAGGUUUUAUAGAUGAUCUUGAGGAGACAGUGUCUGAUUUACAUAGGGCACAAAAGAUUGGUUGGACCAGGUAUGCCAUUUGCAUAGGGCACAAAACACUAAUUAGGACUAGGUGUGCCAUUUGCAUAGGGCGCAAAAAGCUGGCCACCCCCACCCUGAUCUUUUAUUAUGCAGACGGAUUUUCUACCUUGCCAGCGCCAUGUUGCCUGUUUGUUUACUGUACACCUGGUGACAAAGAAGAGGGAAGACAGAGCCUCCAUGUUGAACCUACCUGGCCCCCAGGUAGCUCUUUUCUGUUGGCACAGCUGCUGGCAUUCACCCAUGCAAGCUUCCAGCUUGCUUAUCUAUGUCUGCAGCUCAAUUUUUCAGGCUGCUCUUUGUUAGAAAAGAAAUGAUUUGGGGGCUGCUUUUUGUUAAAAAGGGAAAUUGCACCAAGGACUCUUGCCCUUACUAUCUGCCUAAACAGUUUAUUUCUAUCUCCUGUAUCAAUAUUCCAUGCUUCUCUGAUAGAAAAAAGUAUGUGUGCAUGUGAGUAUGAGAUGUUACCACUGUUCACUAACAGGACUGAAGAUAUUACCACUGUUCACUAACAGGAGUAAAUUGAUUUAUAUUCUAGUAAGAAACGCAUAUAACAAGCCAUCCCAGUCCCUUUUUGGGUAUUUCUUGCCUAGGAGCCACUUUAUGCCAAGAGAAGUGGUUUAUUGGCAUUAUAGUGUUAAAUAUUCCCCCAUUCUGCUUAAGUGGCCGUAUUUAAAUGAAGUUUAAGUACUCCAGAACCUGUGGAAGCCUUAGCAGUCAAGUGGGCCAGUGCUUUCUAUUUUUCAGUGUGUGUAUUUGGGUAGUAGAUGGCAUGCAUUUGUACUUAUGUGUGUCUUCCUGUGUAUUCUAGUGUUCUCAAGGCAUAACAAGGUACACAUUUUAUCAGGUUUACUUAAUAUUUUUGGCUGGUAGACCCCCUAUUAAGGUGAUUAUUUUCAUUUUAAAAUUAAUAUAAAUUUAUUUUGGGAAAUCCAAAAAUAUAUCUUGUUUAAAAAUAUCACGAACAUCUUUGCCUCUUUAUAGUAAUCCAAGUGUGUUUUAACUCACUUCUUUAUUUGUUGUAUUUAUAUAUUUGCUUUUUAUAGUGAUUAUGCAACUCCAAACCCUUCCUUUUCAUUUAUGAAAAUGAUAUAUAUAUAUUUUUUCCAAGAGCUAGCGUCUCUUAUAUAAUAUUUAAUGGCAUUAUAAAAGCUCACUGAAUGUAUAUACUAUAAUUACUUAGCCAUGAUUCUAUCAUAAACAGAGAUUCUGUAUCAGUCAGGGUUCUCCAGAGAAAGAGAACCAAUAUAGAUAUAUAGAGAGAUACAGAUAUAGAAACAGAUUUAUAAAGAGAUUAAUCAUGAGGAAUUUGCUUACUUGAUUUUGGAGACUGAGAAGUCCCAUGAUCUGCCCUCUGCAAGCUGGUGACUGAGGAAAGCCAGUGAGUUAGUUCUAAUCUGAGUCCAAAGGCCUGAGAACCAGGAGGCUGAUGGUAUAAUGUCUGAGAACUGGGGAGAAGAAGGUAUAAGUUUCAGCUCAAAGGCAGGAGAAUAUGGAUGUUCUAGCCCAUCCAGUCAGGGAGAGAGAGUGAAUUCUCCAUUUCUCUGCCUUUUUUCUUCUAUUCAAGCCUUCAACAGAUUGAAUGCUUCCCACCCACGUUGAGAAGGGAGAUCUUCUUUCCCCAGUCUAUUGAUUCAAAUGCUCACCUCAUCCAAAAACAGGUAUUUGUUUAACCAAACAUCUGUGCACCCCUUGACCCAAUCAAGUUGACACAUAACAUUAAUCAUCACAGGACACAAUCCUACUGAUUGUUCGGAAUUAUUCUGUCAUCAGUAUUUGUGCUUAUUUUAUCUUUUUGUUCAUGUUUCAGAGUUUAUAAUUAAUUUCUUAUAAUAGAUUUCCAGAUAUGGAAUUACCAGAUCAAAUUGCAUAAUUAACUUUAAAUUUUCAGCUGGGCACAGUUGCUCUUGCCUGUAAUCCCAGCACUUUGGAAGGCUGAGGCAGGAGGAUCACUUAAGCCCAGAAGUUGGAAGACCAGCCUGGGCAACAUAGGGAUUCUCUGUUGCUACAGAAAACUUUCUAGAAAUUAGCUGGGCGUAGUGGCACACACUUGUGGUCUCAACUACUUAGGAGGCUGAGAUGGGUGAACUCAUGAGCCUGGGAGGUUGAGGAUGCAGUGAGUUGUGAUUGUGCCAUUGCACUCUAGCCUGGGCAACAGAGUCAGACCCUGUGUCAAAAGAAAAAUCAUAAUUGUCUCAAAUUAUUUCUGAAAUAAUUUUAUCAUACUAUAUUUGACCACACAUUUAUUAUUAUGUACGAUUUCAUAUGCUUAAUUUUAAUAGAAUAAAAAUUUAUAUUUCAUUUUCCCCAUGUGCUUAUUAACGAUUUAUAUGUUCUCUUUCUUUAAACAUCAGAUCAUAUUCCUUGGCCACUUAUCUAUUGGAAUUAUAGGAUUUUUUGAUUGAUUUCUGAAGUCUUCAUUUAUUAAUAUUGUUACUAUUAAUAAUAUUGAUAUUUCAUCUAAUGUGACCUUCUUAAUUGUAUUAUUUAACUUUGUAUUCUUUUUGAACAAGGUUCUAACUUGAUGUACCAAAAAUCCAUUUUUACUGUAAUAUACUUAAAAUGAUAACCAUCUCAUUAUCUUGUGAUUUAAUGAAUUAUUAUUUUUAUUUCUCCCUGAAUUCAUGUUUGAAUGUUUGCAUCUCAUAUCUUAUUUUGGAAUAAUAUAUGAGUUGAGUAUAUAAAUUCAUUAUUUUCUAAAUAGCAAACUGAUUACCAAAACAGUUUUAUUAAAUAAUCUGUCUCCUUCUCACUGGUUUGUGAUACCUCUAUGACUGUAGUAGUUCUCAUGGAAGAUAAGGCCUAAUUCUUAUAAAUAUGUUUUGUAGUGUUCAUCGAGGUCUACCUAAUUUUGUUAGUACCAUGUUCACUUAAGUAUUAUAGUUUUAUAACAUUUGAUGUCUAUUAUGUCUUGCUCCUCAUUUUAAUUUUUUGAAAACUAGCUCUCCUCAUAUGAUUUAACAUAUGGAAUUUGAAAUUUUAAUUUCCAGUUUUUCAAAAAUUAUUUCUUUUAUUUAUAAUAAAAUUACAUUAAAUAAAUAAAAUAAUUUAGCAUGAAGAUAUAUUUAAAUAUACAUCCCUCUUGCUUGAAGCAUGGUGUAUCUAUCCAACUUCUUAAGUCUGCUUUAAUUCUCUCUAUAUUUGGUAGUUUUCAUUAAAUAUACACUAGACGUGUUUCACUGAGGUUACUUUUAGGUAUUUUGUUACCACAAAUGGGAAUGCAAUUAUAGGCAAAGCAAGCAGAAACAUACGGCUUUGAUGAAAGCUCUAAUCUCAACACUGUCCAUAUAUAUUUGACCACAUCAUUAGACCUAUAAAAGUUUGCAUUCAGGCAAUACUCCAGACUUUAUUUGAUCUCAUUUCUUGUUUUGAGCCAUCUGGCAAGUAUUCACAAUUAUUGAUGGCAAGAAUUUCUCCAACUGGAUCAAUAAAAUGUCUUCCUUCCUAAAUCCCAGUGGAAUACACUGAGGACUGUGGGGAAGUUGAUUUACUUAAAGAUUCCGACAGUUCUGUAGAGAAAGUAAGAAUGGAGGAACUAAAAGCUCUGUCACAGGCUCACUGUUCCAUCUAUACUUUCCCUUCCUCAUCUCAUUCUCACCCUGAGCACCAACCACCAUAUGAUGUAGCUGCUGUCCAAAUAUAAAUUUCUAGUCCAGGUCCUCUGAUGAACCAUAGCAUAAAUAUAUCUUCACUCAGACAAGCUCAAUUUGUCCAAAACUGAACUCAAAACAAUUUUGCUCAAGUAGGUUACUUCUGCAUUCUAUAUGGGCAAUGGCACUACUAUCCCCCCAGCUGGUUAUGCCUAAAAGAGACUAUCUUAGUUUUUUGUUUCUUUUUAUUUCCCCUAGAGUGUAGUCUCCACGUCUCCUUAACAUCUCCUUAGUGCAGAACCUCCUCUGCAUCCUAUCUGCUACUGCCUUGGUUUAGGGCCCCGUUUUCCCUCUCCCAGGCCUGAGCAAUAGCUUCCCCACACUUCCUCCUCUAUAGUCAGCUACUCCCACCAUCUAUCCUUCCCACUUUAGACAAAGGGAACUUUCUAAGAAGCAAAUCAUUGUUGUUGACUUUUUCUCCCUUCCAAAAUACUUCAAUGGCUCAUUAUUAACUUAAGGAGAAAAAGUAUUCUAUUUACCUGGACAACUAUAUAAUAUCUUGCGUAUUACUCAUCCUGCUAAGUAACCCUUAGUUAAGUGAAAGCAUUUGCAUUGCUAAGGUAGUAACAGGAAACAGAGUGAAAGAAAAUAGUCUGCCGAGCCUGGUGGCUCAUGCCUGUAAUCCCAGCACUUUGGGAGGCUGAGGCAGGUGGAUCACAAGGUCAAGAGAUCGAGACCAUCCUGGCCAACAUGGUGAAACCCCAUCUCUACUGAAAAUACAAAAAUUAGCUGCAAGUGGUGCGGGCACUACUCGGGAAGCUGAGGCAGGAGAAUAGUUUGAAUCCAGGAGGCGGAGACUGCAGUGAGCCAAGAUGGCGCCACUGCACUCCAGCCUGGCGACAGAACGAGACUCCAUCUCAAACAAAACAAAACAAAACAAACAAAUAAAAUAGUCAAUAAUCAGGCAUUGAACAUUCAGCUAGGAAACCUGAGGGAAUCAGCACAGUUUAUACCAGAAUCCAGCUCCCACUCCGGGAGAGAUAAGAAGAAGACUACUACUGAGGCUUAGGACAGUGUAGAGGAAUGAGGAAAAGCGACCUAAAAUUUUCGUGUCUGGGAGAAGAGGGAAUGAGCAGUGGCUGAGGGGAGCAGGAGAUCAGCAUGGAGAGAUAUAAGGAGACAGUUUUGGUGGCCAGCCCAGGGGCUGUGUGAAAUCAUUGAAUGGGAGUCUCACCAAUGGCAGAAGCCAAGCCAAUGCCUGAUUUUUGUGCUUACCUUCAAACUGCCUGUUCCUCUUCUUCCUGUCUUCAGUGGUUUUCCAUCAACAGCAUGCCAUUUGUGGUUCAUUCAGAAAAAUGGCAUUCUGGCCCCAUGACUUUGCUUACUUUUUAUACAGGCCACUUGGCAUGGCCAUUCUCCAGUCCCCUUUAAUGGUCCAAAACAUUUAGAAGACUAAGAAACAGAGAGUGAAGUGAAAUUAAGUCCUGAAAGAGCCUUGUGUAUCAGGGAAAUCCUCAGCACUCCUACUUGGAGGGACGGCACUGCGAUUAAAGCACUUCAGUGACAUGUGCAUACACUUAGCUCUCCAAUGUGACCUGUUCCUGUGACCUCCCUUGCUUCAACCUAGUCACCUGUUCUAGUUACCCGUAGAUACACCAGGUGGUGGGAAACUUUGACAACUUCACCAGCACUCUUCCUUCUACUGAGAAACUCCCUUCCCUAUCCCACAUAAUUUUCCAGUGCACACGUUAAUCUUGCAAGAUCAUAUCUUUUUAAAAAGUGUCUGUCUCUUAUCUUGUCAUACACAUGUAAAUAAAAAGGUGCAACAAAGUUUUUGGGUAUUGACCCUCCCCGCCAUUCCACCCACCCACCUCCACUCACCUGUGGCUCCAGCCUCCGGAGCUUAUCCAUCUCUCUAUUACAACAAGUACUCCUUCAAGCAAAUGUUGAAUAAAUGAAUGAAAGGACAAACAAAUAAAUCUGUUUUGUCAAGCCUUAACAGCCAGCUGAAGGCUUAAAUCAGAGAACUUAAAUUGCCCCUGAAAAAAUCACUGCAAUCUGUACUACUCUUCAGACAAUUCCCUAUUUCUGUCAACCUACCCCUAACUCAAUAUUUAACUGAUUUCUAACUUUGUGUCUCAACUACGUGAUGCUUUCCAAAACUAGAAUUACCUUGGCAGCCAGGUUUAUAGACUUCAAAGAAACCUGAUGCUGCUAUGGAUGGAAAUAGGGGGCAAGCUGGUUUGUGUGGUGAGUGCCAAGGUUAAGUAAAUAGACAUAGUGGAGCCAAACAUUCACCUGCAUUUCAAUAUGAUCAGAUUUACACACACACACACACACACUCUCUUAAAGUUAGCGAUUUAUGCUAUGAGAAUGAGAAUAUUUUAGACUUGAGGAAACUCAAAUUUAAUAAAACCUGUAAGAUGGCUGGCUAUGACUUUAUGUAAGCUGAAUAAACAUAUCUUCAUUCAGACUGAUACUUCUGCCUUUCUUCUUUGAGUCUCUAAUCAUCCAAAGCCAACUUUUCAGUUCCUGAAUGCUACAAAUUAUCUUCUAUGAAAGUCAUUGUUUUGUCUAUGAAGCUUAUCAUAACUUCAGGGAAUUUCACAUUUGCAUUUCUGAUGGACUACAGUCUAAGGUGUUAGAAAAUUGGUUUCAGCUUUCCCCACCUUUUUUUUUCCACUGUGAAGCAGCUCAUUACAAAAUAGACACAUUUCUAAAUCAAAUACUUGAGUUAUUAUUGAUGCAUGUAGAGAAUAGAGAUGAUUUGGUUAAGAAAUGCCUAAAAGUUACUUUCUUGUUCCCAUGAUUUUCUAGUUGAUUGAAUGAUUUAUAUGCUCAAUUCCAAAUUUAAAUGUAUGGUUUUUAAUCAUCAUGAUAUAGUUAGUGGAAGGCUUUUAACCUUUACAUUUAAGAAGCCCUUAGUACAACUCAAGCUUAUUGACUUCUAAAGCUUAACAUACAAUAUUUUUAAAUGAUUCAAGUCUAUACAUUUUAUAGGUCUAUAGUUUGAGCAAUAGUAGAAGAAUGUUUAAAGAGCCACUUGUUUUCCAAUUACUGUAGUCAUGGCUCCAAGAUAGGCAUGAAUCCCCACCCUAAAAACAAAACAUGAAAAAUUGGCAUACUUUGAGUAGACUACCUCUGUAAAGUAUUAAAAUCUCCAAACACAAAGCGACUCUAAGACUCAGUAUAAUUCAUUUAUUCGAUGGCACUAUAAUGGGAUUUCUUACACAAUGAGAAGCAAGCAAAUAUUAUCUUCUUUAAGUUCUUAAAUGUUUUAUUUAGUAUCCCUAAAUUAGGAAGGGAAACUAAACAUUCACAUAAUCAAAUAUAUAGGAGGGAUCUGUAUAUUCCGUAUUUUUUGAAGUUUUUUCUACUGGCAGAUAGCAUCUCAUUUUGCUGUGACGGGCAUUAAGACUGUGAUUUUGAGAUACGGUCAACCAAAACUUCAUGCAACUAAUUCCAGGGUUUAUAGCAGAAAAGAAAUUGUUGUGUACCUCUCAUUACAACUCUUAACUAUUUUUAAGGUAGCUUAUAUGGUUGACUUAGGGAAAAGGAUGAAGAUCCAGAAGAAAAAUAGUGAGACUUCAGGUGAUAGAGAAAAAGAGUUACAAAAUGUUCUAAAAGGAUAAAGCCCAAAGGCUGUAGAGCAACACAGUAAUAUUAAAUCCUGGAUUAAAGUGAAAUGAUUUAGGAGACUUUAUAAGACAUAUCUGCAAAGCAAUGCCUUUAGAAAUAUUUAUUUAGUGAGCCUAAUUAUGUAAAAUAGUGAGAAUUGGUGACACAGUACAAUAUUAUCUCUUCAGAUAUUAUUUAACAAAAUUAGGGAGUUUUGAGUUCGAGCAUUUAUCAUCCUACUAAAGCCUUUAGCACAUAGUUAAUUCCAUGGCAUGUAUUAUCCUGUCUUCCAGAGACAAGUACAAUGGGAUUAAGGAGGAUGAAUGGACUGUCUCACUUAGCCUGGGAGAUUCAGGUGAAGUUUGUGCACAGACUUGAAAGAAAUGCAGAAUUUCCUAGGGUAGGCAGGAGAUGGGGCUUGCGGUGAGGGAAGUAAAUUUCAGAAAAAAUAUCAUGUGCAAAAAAGGUACACUGGUAUGAGACAGCAUGGUGUCUUUAAAAACUGUAGAGCAGUAUUCCGAUAGCAUUUAGUUUAACUCCAUCAUUAUAUUUUUAAGCUAUUUUUUGUACUAUACUUCUAAAACAUGUUUCUAUCCUAAGCGAACUUACACAAACACCAUAACAAGGCAAAAUUUGGCGCUAAAGUAUAAGCCAUAACAUUACAAAGGCAACGCAUACAGGAGAUUUGAUAUAAGAGUGUUUUGUACAUAUUUCAAUUAUUAGCACAGGGUUAGAUAUAAUUCAUCACUCAAAACUGAUUGUUUUACUUGUACAGAAGCCAGUAUGACUGAAGCUCUCUUUUCAGUCAAUUAAUGUCCACUUGCCUGCCAGUUUUUACCAUACAUACCUGUGCCCUCCAUGAAGCUAAUUCCCCAACUGUUUAGGAAAUUCAAAUGGAACUCCUAAAUAGUUCACACACAGCUUUUGUUAAUAAAUUACCCAACAUAUUUCAACCAGGUCAGGCUUCACAGCUAUACAUUUUUUAAAAAGUGUAAAUUAACUCUUGACAAGGGAAAUUCAAAACCAUUCAAAGGCAAAGCCUGUGAAUGAGACAAAGGAUGAAAGGAAAAUAGAUGAAGUAAUGCAAUAGCCAGCUGAGGAGGAAAGGAUGCCAAGUAGCUGUGAUACAACAGCAUGAAGCAAAGUGACUUCAUUAAUACUCUGCAAAGUACCAGAAUGCUGCACAAGACAACACUUCGUUUCCAAACCAAACACAACCAGAGUUUACCACUAUUGAUUUUAAGUAGCAGCUGCCUAAUUGCUAGAAAGCAGAUACUUGAGCAGUUGUUGAGAUAUGCAAAUGCAAAUAAGCAUUGUCACAAAUAUAUCUGUAUCACAGCGAGUAUGGCUUUUGGUUUAGUUAGUUACACAAUGAUUGUGAUAUUUAGCCAUCAGAGUAAUUGAACUUUAUAAAGUAAUCAGCAGUAGCAAACAGGUAUAUAAAUAGCAGUUACUUAGAUGAUAGUCAAAUCACAAUUAAAAAAUAUAUAAAGAACUUUAUUACUGUGCUUUUAUUUCCUAAUUUUAAAAACAUUUUAAUCUAUUCCAACAAUAAUUUACUUUAAAAUGAUAAUCUUUGUCACAAGAAUGUUUAUUCUAUGAAUAUUUACUCAGCAUCUUCCAUGUUAAGUGUUUAUGAUGCAAAAAACAAAAAUUUUCCUACAGUUAUUUCUGUGUUGCUGACGUUAAAAGAAUUCAUAGAAUAAACAGCUUAGGGAAAAAUGAUAAAUGUGUAAUCACACAACUCCUUAGCAUUGUUAAAUAUGUAUCUGAAGAGACCAUAUUAUAUUAUUCAACUCCCUCAAAUUUAACAAUCUAAAAUAGUGAUAUAUUUUGGCUGGUGAAAAUUUUAGACUUGACAUUCUACUGUGGAUUAUCAAUUUCAAAGAAUUACAUUGCCAAGAAUAUGCUACAAAUAAUGUUCAUGUUAUACUGAACCUAAUCUAGUUUUGCCUCCACAAGUUCAGAAGAUACUUCCAAUCCUUUGUCAGCAAAAGCAUCCAUUUUAAUUGAGCAUUCUGUUCCAUUUACUGUAUAUUUAAGUUGUUGUUAUUACAUAGCAGGAACUGUACUAGGAGAAGGAGCCAGAAAGGUGGUGACAUACUUUUCCUUUCAUGGGGAAACAGUCUAAUGGAGAGAAGGACAAGUAAGAAACCACAAAGUGUAUUUUGGUAAGUGUUUUGAGAGGAGCUCUAGAGGCUCAAAGGAGGAGUUGUUGGUUGGGUCCCCUGAGAAAGCAGGCCUUGAAAUAAGGACUUGAAUAGAAUUAGUUUAUUUGGGAAAUGAUUACAGGGAACACUAGUAGGGAGCGAGGGAGCAAGACAGGAAAGAGAUAGAGUCAAUUAAAGGCGCGUUGUCCAGCAAGUUCCCACCUGGCUGGCUGAAGCCUAAUCCAACUGGGGAAGUUUGGGAAAUGGUGUAAGACACAGUCUCAAAUUUAUCACACCUAAGGGAGAGGGAUUUGGAGUAUUUAUAACUGCCAGCAGUCCUUGGUUGCAGUCUAUUCAGAAAGGUAUUAAUUCUCUUACGCUUAUGAUUUGCAAAGGAAAAGAAAGUCCUCAGACCAAAACAAUAACAGCAACAACCAAAAACUGUUUUCAUUUGGAAGGAGGACCAAAAGGAAGGAAUAAGGGUCAGGCACUGACUCUACAGGUACUCACUGAUCUCUUUGUUAUGACUAUGGAGUGUUCUUUACUUUAUUCCCACAUUUUUUCACUGCACUGGGACCUGCAUUUUUUUUUCUGUUUUGUCAUUUGUCACGUUUGACUUUCUACUUUUCCUUAGUUAGGUCGUGAGACCAAUCACAGAAAUUAUUUAUUUAUACAUUUUCAAAAUGUCUUUUCCUCUCCUACCCUUCUUCAUGCUAUUUCAAAAAUUACACCACUGGAUACAUUUAAAUGUUCUUCCUGUUUUGCAUCUAAACCCAGCAGUGAACUAUCACUAGAGAAAAACACCUGACUUCAGUGAACACCUGGUCUCAGAUAAAUUCAUGACCACAGACCUCAAGUAGGUGCUGAGCACAGCCCUGCCAUCCUCUUGCUACCCCCGUCCUCCACUCCCAAACUUGAUUAUUUCAUAAUGGCUCCAUGGUCAAAGUUUGAUAACCAUGCCUCAGCUGAUAGUCUUGCCUCCUAUUUCACUGAGGAAAUGGAUGCUGUCAUAAAACAAAAUACUUCAUUUUAUCACUAACAAUUCUACCUAAUUAUCAUUAUCUAUGCCCAUGAACUCCAUUUUCCACCUGUUACAACUGAUGAACUUCAUUGCUAUGGCCAAAACUUCCAAUGAUACACUGGAUCUCAUCCCUUUUUUUGUCAACUCAAGAACUUUAUUCCUACAGUUAUCCAUCUUUCCUAAAACAUAUAUCUCUAUAUCUGUAGGAUUAGUUUCAUCAGCAUUUGAACAUACUCUAGGAAGUACCACAGUAAUGUGAGCUUUAGUAAUUAAAUACCAAACUAAAUAGCAUUUCUAAGCCUCAGUUACUUCAUCUAUCAUAAAGAAUAAUAAAAUCUACCUUUUUGGAUUAUUGUUAGCAUUAAAUAAAAUGAAGCAUAAAAAGCUCCCAAAAUAUAUGACAUUGGUUAAUAAUUUAUUAUUAAUAUUCUAUUACAUAGCUAAAUAUAACAAAGCUAAAAUAUUGUCUUCUCUCAAGCAUAUCUUGAUUUGUACAUUCAUUCUGGAACAGAUACUCAGACUCAAAGCUCACUGGAGAGCAGAAUGAGUAUUCCAAAAAUGGCCAUCAUAUGUCUGGACCCAUAUUCUCUUCUAGAACAUUGCCCCUACUCCAUCAAGAAGUUGAGUGUAUGUACUGCUCUCUGAACCUGGGUUGCCUCUCAUAUCUCCUCAUCAUAUAUACCUCUUCAAAUUCAAUCGAGAUUUCAAUUCUUCUCACUUCUCCCCAACCUUACUUUGAUCUCCUGGUAAUUUUAGAGUAAUUGAGAAUAUUUUCUAACAUACGUGUCAACAUAAUGAAGGAGCUGGGACCUAAAUGAAGAAGCGACAGAAUUUACAGUGGCUUUGAAUGCUGGUUCCUGAAUGGAUUUGCUUGACUGCAAUUCAAUCUUUUUUGUGGCUCAAGGCUCACUCACCUCUAAAAGAUGUGGCCACAGAGGACAACGAAAAGGAAGACCCUCCUGAAGAGCAAAUCCAGGGGCCACGAAAGAAAAUGAACAAGAGAAUUUUUAUUGAAGAGCAGAACCUGGGACUGCCAGAUGGACCAACUAAAGAACUCACUUCACAACUAGGGCAGUGAGUCCUCACCAUUUCUUCUCAGCAAGAGUUGGCUGCUGUAAAAUCAGAGAGAUUAUUCAUGCCUUAUGGUUAAUAAAAGUAUCUAUAGGUAACUGAACCUUGAGGAGCCAAAUUGAGGCCUGAUGAAGGAGACUGUACAUCAUCCAGAGAGAAUGAACUUGGAGCAGGAUGCAAAGACUGCAGGGGAGAAAUCAGGGUUUUUCUGCUGGAGGAAGAAGCAGAGGGUACAUAGACAUAAGGUAUCCAAAGAAGCCCACUAUAGAAGCUGGGACAGAUUGCAUACUUAUUCUCAAUUCUUCACUCCUUCCUAUGCAGUAGAGCAGAGAAAAUCGAGUAUACCUGUGACUUGCUUUGACCAGUGGAAAGUUAGAGGGGACAAGAGCACAGGCUUUAAACAUGCCCAUAUGGGAGUUCUGUGCCUACCAUGAGAACAUGCCCCAUAAUUGUUAAUGCAGGGAGAAUGAGGAGAUGUGGUGCAGACUCUUAGCCAAUCCCAAGAGCUGGGUUCAAGGGUAGCCAACACUCAUCCUAGAGAAGUGUCCCCUCUGACCUGCAGACACAUGGCCAAGAAAAAUCAAUGCAUGUUGUUGUAAACCAUUGCAUUUCAAGGCUGUUUGUGAUGCAGCAUCCUGGCUAAUAAACCAGCCAGGUCUAUUCUAACAAUUGUAGCUCAGAGUAAAGAAUGUGGGCAUCUCAUCAGCAGACAUGAUCACUAAAAAGAAAAGAUACAAUGAGAAAACUAUAAGCAAACUCUCGGAAAUCCAAAGAACAAAAUAGAAGAAAGAAGAAAGAUUAAGAAAUUUCUAGAAACAUCCUACAGUGGUCAGGAAGACUGAGACAUUAAGCCUAGGAGAUAAAAAUGGACAGGCAGAUUCAUAUCAUGCUUAAAAAGAAACUGCAAAUGAUUGAGAAGUUUUUUUUAAAGUGGAACUAUUUCAAAAGUAAGAAAUUAGUAAAGGGACAAAGUUGUUAAUGCACCAUAAACAAGUGAUCAAAAGCAGAAAAAAAAAUGAACUGCUGUGGAAAUGGACACAGUGUGAUCCUAUUUUUAGUGGACUACUUGAGUUUUUUAAAAAAUUAGGAGGAAGGUAAAAGGUUCAGAAAAUAGAAACAGAAGUGUAAAUAAUACUAUGAAAUGGGCCUAGCUGAAACAGCUCACUUUUCAAAAGAAUACAUUAAAUGAAGAAUACAGAAUGAGAUCCUUAAAAAAAGAAGUCAGGAAAGUAUUACACAGAGUAAUUGCAAAGGCCUUCUCUCCUUAUAACACGGAAAUUGAUGGAUUUGAGAAUAAGGAUAUUAAAAAAGAUCUUUAAGAGUCUACAGGAAAUAGAAGAGCUAGGACAAAGCAUGGAUGUCAUGUAGAAUAUUUUAUGAUAAACUGCUGACCUGAGCCAAUAAUUCUUGGGCUGGGGAAAAAAACUGUAUAGAUAGGUGGGUGGGGGUGAGGGUGGGGAGGGAAAAUUGUAAUGCUUACUUUCUAAAUAGAUUUCAAAGGAAUGCGGGAGAACACAAAGAGAACUAGCUUGCAUUGAUUUUUUUUAAUAGCAUUUUGUUGAUAAAACAGAAAGCAGGAAGAAAAAUAAUGAAUCAUGCAUGUAGUAAUAAAAAGUGUGGUAGGUGAUUAACGUGUUAAGAGUCAAGGGAAGAACUCAUCAGAAGAGUAAAAGAAGAGAACUGGAAAGCAAAGGGGGACAAUCAACAAAAUGUGAACAUACAGUUUAUAUGAGGAAUGCAAUCAUACAGGUACCAAUAACUCAGUUGCAAGGAAUAAUUGAAAUAGGCACAUAUAUAAAAAGUACACAUACUUUGUAUAACUUGAAAAACAUUUGAGGAUCAAAUAAAAUAAUGUAUUCGAAAAUAUUUAUAAAAAGCAUGAAGUUUUCUACAGACAAAUUCGUGGGUGCAAUACUGAGCACUACUCCUUGAAGGUGAACAACAUAGAAAUAUUGUUCAGUGCAACUCAACAAAUGUUUAUUUAACGACUGCAAUGUACUGAGCAAAUUUUAGGCUCUGGUAAGACACAUCAGUAAUGAAGACAAACAUAUGGAUUAACUAUAUCAAGCAGGACAAAGGGCUCUAAAGAGAGUGAAUGCAGUUCUCCAAACAGAGAUCUCUGCUGUCACUAUUGAAUAUCUUGUAAACUCUCCAGAAACGUGUAUGUGCAAGCGUGUGUCUGUUUGUGCAUAUACAUAUAUAUGUGUAUAUUUUAAUGCUACACAUUUGAAGAUACCUUAUUACACUAUUCACGACUUUGUGAUUUUCUCUUAACCCAGCAAUUUGGAGAUUACCCCCCUUUCAGAACAUAGAGAGAGCUACCUCAUUUUUCCUAAUAGCAUAUUUUAUUGCAUGGUUGUGCCAUAAUUUAUUGAAUUACUGGCCUUUAAUGAACAAUUAUGCCAUUUCCAGUCCUUUCUUAUUCAUGUAAUGCUUAUUCAUACUGUGCUUUAUAUAUGGGCUAAUAUACCUGUUAACACAAAUCUUGAGAGGUGAAAUUUCUGUCACCCGGCAAGUGAAUUUUUAAUUUUGAUACAUAGUGCCAAAUAGCCUUCAAAGUGAAACAUUCACUUAUAUUCCCACCAACAGUGCACAAAAUUGCUUUUGUCCUCAAACUUCCUGCCAAUGCCAUUUAUUAUCAAACCAUUUGAUCCUUGCAAGUACAGUAACUAAGAAGCUAUCUCAUUGCUGUUUGAAUUACAAACUACAAAUCUCAUUGUAGUUUAAAAUGCAAACCAUAAUGGUCUUAUUAUGAGCAAAUAUGAGUAGGUUUUUACAUAUUUAAAAGUCUUUUGAGUUUCUCUUACUGUGAAUUAUCUGUCUAUAAUCUUGGCCUAUUUUUAAAAAUUAAUAAGUUAGAAGAAAUGAGCCAAUUUUCAUAUAUCUUGGCAGGUUUUUCCAGUUUCUUAUUUUCCAUUCAAAUUUAUUUAUGGUUGUUUUAAACCAUUUUGACAUUUUGAUCUUUUUUUAAUUUUGAGAUUAUUGUAGAUUUAUUUGCAGUUUUAAGAAAUAAUACAGAGAGAAUUCCAUAUACCUUUCACCAUUUUCCCUCACUGGUAACGUUUUGCAUAACUACAGGACAAUGUCACACGUAGGAAGUUGACACUGACACAAUGCAUCUACCUUAUUCAGAUGUCAGAUUUACAUUCACUUGUGUGUGUUUGUUAGUUCUACACAAUGUUGUCACAGUGCAAUUUCCUGUGUGCACUACUGUGGUCGAGAUACAGCCUUGUGUUUCAUCGCAAGGAUUCCCUUGCUACCCUUUUCUAUUCACAGUCCCUCCUUAAGCCCUGACAAGCACACAUCUGUUCUCCAUCUCUAUAACUUGGUCACUUCAAAAAUGCAUGGAAUCAUGGAGUAUGAAUGGAAUCAUGGAGUAUGCAAUAUUCUGAGACUGGCUUUUUCCACUCAGUGUAAUUGUCCUGCAUUUGUAAAAAAAUUGGCAUUUCGAAUUUUGGUACUAUGCUAUUUAGCUUAAGGUUCAUACCAAAUUUUAAUUGUAGAUUUAAACUUUUUCAUUGUCUUUCGUUUGGUAGUUUCAUGCAGUUUUCCCUAAAGUGGACCUUGUAUAAUUUUAAUAAAAUUACUCUUGCUUGCUUUUAGUUUUAA